UCGCUCCGAUGAAAUCGAUUGGUCGCGAGACGAGGAGGCGGUGACUGUAACCGGCGGAGUAUUCUAGUUUAUAAUUCCUCUCUCGUUGCUCGCUGACCGAAACAUCGAACAACCAAAAGCGACGCCUGUUUUGAUUUCUCCUCUUCUUUUUCUUCCCUCCUCGUUCCAAAGGCCGGCUUUUGGAUUUCGAGGCCGAGAAGGAGAGGGGCGGAGGGAUUCCGCAUCCAAGAGGCUUCCUAUCUCUCUCUCUUUCUCUCAAGGAUUGGUUUCUCAGAUUCUUCGGGUAGUCAGAGCAGGUUACUCAGUUUUUGGUUUGCUUCAUCAAAUUACUUAAUUGUUCUGACAUUCUAAGAAUGGCUUUUGCUUCAUCAAUUAAUGGUGUUUGUUUAAUCAGUUUGGGCCAAUAUGGCUUACAAUUGCGAGGGGAUCACCCCUUGUUCAGUUCUAAUCAUUCAAAACUUAGAAGAUUCCAGAGAAGGAUCCCAACCGGAUACCGGAUUAAGGAUGUUAGAGCUGUUAUUUUUAAGCCAGAGGUAGAUUUUAAGGAUCCAGAUUGGAAAAUGCACUUCCAGGAGGAUUUUAACAAAAGGUUUAAUUUGCCGCAUUUGAGGGAUAUUCUUGAUGUGCAGCCAAGACCAACUACAUUCUCUCUCAAAAGCAGAAGUCCCCUGGAUGAUGGCAAUGGUGCACCAAAGGAUGUGUGGAAUGGCUAUGUGAAUGAUGAUGACAGAGCACUUCUUAAGGUCAUAAAGUUUUCUUCACCACACUCUGCUGGAGCUGAGUGCAUAGAUCCUGACUGCAGCUGGGUGGAGCAAUGGGUUCACCGUGCUGGGCCACGUAAGCAAAUAUACUAUGAACCUGAGGAAGUAAAAGCUGGAAUUGUUACUUGUGGAGGGCUGUGUCCUGGUCUCAACGAUGUCAUUAGACAGAUAGUGUUCACCCUUGAAAAAUAUGGUGUUACAAAGAUCAUUGGAAUCCCCUUUGGUUACCGUGGAUUUUUUGAUGAGGGUUUACUAGAAAUACCGCUUUCACGUCAAGUGGUUCAAAACAUUAAUCUUCAUGGUGGAAGUUUGUUGGGAGUCUCUCGUGGAGGGGGUAACAUUAGUGACAUUAUAGAUAGCAUUCAGGCCAGGGGAAUCAAUAUGCUUUUUGUACUCGGAGGAAAUGGCACACAUGCAGGGGCAAAUGCAAUACAUAAUGAGUGUCGCAAGAGAAAAAUGAAAGUGUCAGUCAUUGGUGUGCCAAAAACCAUUGACAAUGAUAUAUUACUAAUGGACAAGACAUUUGGUUUUGAUACUGCUGUAGAAGAAGCUCAACGAGCAAUCAAUUCUGCAUAUAUUGAGGCACACAGUGCAUACCAUGGCGUUGGACUGGUGAAAUUGAUGGGAAGAAGCAGUGGGUUCAUAGCUAUGCAUGCAUCACUUUCUAGCGGUCAGAUAGAUGUCUGUUUAAUUCCUGAGGUACCUUUCACUUUGGAGGGACCAAAUGGAGUCUUGCAGCACCUUGAGCAUUUGCUAAAAACUAAAGGGAAUGCUGUCAUUUGCAUUGCUGAAGGAGCAGGACAGGAAUUGUUGGAAAAAUCAAAUGCAACAGAUGCAUCAGGAAAUGUGGUGCUUAGUGAUAUUGGCGUCCACAUUCAACAGCAGAUUAAAAGGCAUUUCAAGGAAAUAGGCGUUCCAGCAGAUGUGAAAUACAUUGAUCCGACUUAUAUGAUCAGAGCAUGCCGUGCCAAUGCAUCCGAUGCAAUCCUUUGCACUGUACUUGGCCAGAAUGCUGUACACGGUGCGUUUGCGGGGUUCAGUGGCAUUACAACGGGCAUAUGCAACACCCAUUAUGUCUACCUUCCCAUUCCAGAAGUCAUCACAUCUUCGAGGUGUGUUGAUCCUAACAGUAGAAUGUGGCACCGAUGCCUGACAUCAACUGGCCAACCUGACUUCCACUGAUUGUAUUCAGAGAGAUGCUGACCUGUUAUUGCAGGAGGGAUGCAUCUUAACAGAUACAAUUAUUAAGGUUGAAGCUCUCACUCAGUGGCGCUCCGUUUCAAUACAUUCAUUAUCAUGAAAAUUGAUUGCCCCAAAAUAGUGGAAAUGGAAGUAUCUAAAUAGGAGUCUUAUCUAUAUAGCAAUUUUGUAGAUUACCAGGUUUCUUUUAUUUGUUUGAGAAAAAAUAAGUCGAAGCCAAAUGAAGUUUGGUGAGCCAAGAAAAGCAAAAGUUUGUACAUUUCUGCAAUUCAACAAUUGUCUACAGACAUAUAAUCAUUCCUGAGAUUUGCAUUAAGUGUAGUUCUAUUUUUUUCCAACGACUGAUUAUGUGAUAUCAUAUUAAAUAAAAUGCACAAGAGGAAUUUGAUGUUUGUAA